AUGGUCAUUGCAGGGCACAUACACUUGGUCCCAUCUUUUUGUCACUGUUUUCGGAUACCGUCUACCAUCUCUGCAGCGCAGGAUCUCGAAGCAGCCCUGACAUUCAUUCGCAGUUUCCCAGACUGCAGCAGUUGGAACAUCUUGCUCCUCGAUCAGGAGCGGAAAAAUGCCCUGGUGCACAGACCGCAGCUGAGCACGCAAGCACUCCUCGCAGAGUUAUCGGUAUGGAUGAAGCUGCCGUGUCACUUCUUCAUUCGCCCAAAUCUCAAUUCAGUAGUCAUGAUCGACUUGGACAACUUCACUGGCUCCCUCUCCAAACUUCUGCAGUUGCAUCCGCGCGCAUUGGUGCAGACUAGCAGACAGAGCUAUCAGCUUUGGCUGACUUUGGACCAAAGGCACCAAGCCAGAGACGCACAGAUUGUGACGCAGGAGCUCACCAAGGCUUUGGGGGGCGAUCCAUGCUCAGCCCGCAUCACCCAGGUCGGGCGCUUGCCCGGCAGCAUCAAUCGCAAGCCGGAGAAGCAGUGUCACACCCAUUUAUUGUAUUCUGGCUUGGCGAACUUGGACGAAGCUCAGUACCUGCAGCUCACAAGCAACCCUCAGAUGCGCUUGCAGCAUGGAAGUGUUCAAACCGACUCGGCACCGCCCAAACGGGACAUCAGCCGCGACGACUGGAGAGAGGCUUGCCACUUUUUCGAGUCGAAUCCGCAAGCAACUUUAGAGGAUGCCAUCCAGCACUGUCCUUUGCUGGCCAAACGAGGUAACCAGGCGCAUCCGACCGGCUUUCUCACAAUUGUGUACCGCUUUUGUUCUCAGCCAUCCUAUAUAACUUUUAAUAAGAGCUGCCUCAUCUUACCUAUGUGCGACAAUCGAUACUUCACUUUGGUCAUGUUGCCCUCUCCUUGUUUUAUAGCUUCUAGCAGAUGUGCACUCAGGGACCUUUGUUUCACCCACCACAGUGCUGCCCCGUUGUUUGUCAGGACUACUACGCCCGACUGA